GUAAAUCUUAAAUAGAAGUGUGGCUGCUUAAAUGGUUUUUGGAAUUGCACCCUCAGAACAUGAAGGCGAUACACAGCAGGUUCAGUCAUGUUUCAGUCUGGAAAUGCUGAGAUAAUGGGAAAGAAAGUCUGCAGUCUGAUGAAAGUAAUGGACUCCUCUAUGUAAACUAAAACAAUCCCAGAACAAAUCAACUGGUGAGAUAAGCUUUAAUGAAGAUACAAUUGGCUGAAGUCCACCCAGAUCCCUAUAGAAUAGCAAAUCUACUAGCUUUCUUUGCUUCAUCUCUAGUUUUUUGCUUUACUUUUUCUGUUUCAAAAUUUUUGGCAGUCUGACCUAAACUGAACAUAAUUUCAUAAGUGAAAAGUACCUUCACUGAAGUAGCUGAAAGCAUGGGCUGCAAACAUUUAUGAAUUAUGUUUAACUAAACACAGUAAAUAAUAAUUCAAUAGGAUUUUCAUGAUGGAGCAGACAUAAGGAGGGGGGGAAGAAUGUUGAUUAUUUACCUGGCCUAAGCUAAAAAAAAAAAAAGUGUAAUGUCCCAGAAGAGAUGUUAGCUAUUAAAUCUGUAAAUAAAAGCCUUUUCCCUCAUUGUCCCCUUGUGCUUCUGCUUUCAAAAGUGUUAAGAAGAGCAUUUUAUAACUUUAACUGCAAAAUAAAAGUGUCCAAAGGGCGAAAUCUGACUAUCUGCCUUACACACAUUGUCUUGUUGACUUCACAGGAUACUGAUACGAGAUGCGCAAGCAAGAUUUGGCCUUAAGGUGGAUUUAGAUAUGCUCAAAUUAAAAAAAAUGGGAAUAAAUAAAAGGGAAUCCUGCAAUUUUAAAAUUAAAUAAUGCAUAUUCUGCUUCUCUGAAAGGGAAGUAGUCCAAGGAGACAAGAAUUUAUGUUCUCAGCAUAUCCUACUUUUUUGAUGUUCCAGGAGGGCAGUAUUACACAGGUUGGAGACCUGUUCACCCAGUUACAUUUAGUUAUUUUCAGGUGGUUUGUACAUAUAGAAGUCUACAAUGGGUAAAUCUGCUGAAAAAUUCUUCACAGAGGACAGUCUUUUAAUUUAAACUCUUUAAUUAUGUCAAUCUUAACAGCUGUUUUUACGUGGCAAGGGGUAAUAUAACCAGGGAGAUGGAGUAACUAUUUUAAUAAGAAAAGAGCAAAUGUAUGAACUGAAAGUUAGUUUCCAAGGAAUCCAAUGGACAUCUUUAGACACCAGUUAAUGAUAAAAAACAAUCUUUACAUUUAUAUAUACUCAAACCCUUUCUAUGCUCUCCUGAAAAUGUGAAGCUCCUACAAUUCUAAUGCCACAAUAAAGUAAUGUUUACUGUCAAUUAUGACUUUGAGGUAUUAAAGUACCAUUUCUAUUACUGUAUGAAUACACUUGCUAUUCUUAUCUUUGUCCUUUUGGUUCUGCUCAUGAGGAUCACAAUCUUAAGUCACUUCUGAAAUUAGCAUUUCACUGUCUUCAACAACUAUGAAAUGUAUUGCUUGGUACUUAAAAAAUUGUUACAGUAUAUAUAAGUUCCUCACACAAAUUAAGGAGUUGGGGAAGGGAAGGCAAGGGGAAAGGUGAGCAGGAAAAGGGUAAUGGGAGAAACAAGAAAUGAAUGAGUGAAAUUAAUUACGAAAGGGAGACAGGAGAAAUAAAAGAGCAAAAAGUGAUGCACAGCUUUAAGGCUAACAAUUUAUAUUCAUUUCAUGGACCCCACCCCUCCCUCUCUACCCCCCACCACCUCCCGUUCUUAGGAGGAGCAGACAUAAGACACAGCUUGUAGUUGAUGCUAGUGUGUCAGGGAUGAAUAUAAGAAAGAAAAUUCUAAAUUUAGAGUUUCAUUGUUGCCUUUUGGGUGCAGCAAUGCUAGUCUGGAUGUUCCAGCAAUAUCUGUACAGCAUCCAGACCAUUAUGGACAAAUGUAUUAACUACCUGAACUGACAACUGAGUUCUAGUUUCAAGAGCCUUUGGUCCUUGUGGUGUCCUAUCACAAGUUAUCUAGUUAUCAGUUUUCUAGCUGAGAUAGCAUCUGCAUUUUUUAAAUACAGGCACACAACAACCAAACUCUAUGAAACCUUUCAGGCUUCCCCAAUACCAGACACCAUCAGCUGCGUGAACAUUUUCAAAUGGGUACCUUUGUGCCUUCUCCCUUUCUACCCACUACGCUUGGGAGGAAACCCUCGUGAACAUCCAUUAAAACUCUCCUCAUCCAGAUCCAUCCUUUACAUGAUGCCUAUACAAACAUAAUAGCUAAGCUGUUUGUGUCUUGAAACAUUAGAUAUUAUGCUGACCAGAACAAAUUAAUACAUCAAAAAGCAGCAGAAUAGGGCCCAAAUGCCUUUUCAGAUCAUCUAUAAAGAAAGAGUCUCAUUAUAUUGGAAGAGCUGAACUAAAAUUGUAAUUCAAUAACCCAUAUGUCCAUGGACAUGUGCCUGCAUGUGUGUCUAUGAACUAUAUUUAGAUGUACAGUCUAUAAAAAGUUUCACUGCAAAAUGAUCUCCAGCAGGAGUUGGAUCCCUGAUCCACGCCGCCUUUGACAGCCCCAGAAGAGGAUCAAGCAGGAUUCCAACCUGUUCAAAUUUUAUUUCUUCUAUCCUUGUUCCCCAUGAAGAUGACUAAAGAGGCCAUCUCUCUGCGCUCCCUGAACAAGACAUUAAACAGAAUAGAAAACAAACUGCAGACCUUAAAGAAUAAAUUCAAAGAGCUGGAUUCAACCCUAGAGAAACUGACACAGAAGUUUGAGAUUCAGGGCACGUCCUUGGAGGAGCAAGUGAGCCAGGAUGAAAUGUGGACAUCACUGCUGGAGGACAGGUUCACUUCAGUGGAAAUAAAACUCUUCUACAGCUAUGUUAGUGAAACAAUUAGCUGCUUGCACAGUCAGGUGACACAGAAGCUGCCAGAUCUAGCAAGAAGUCUUCCUACCUUAGCCUCUAUACUGAGGCGCAAAAGCAAGAACCAGAGAAUUAGACUGGUAUGGGAGUCAGUGUUGGAGAGUCUGGGGCUGCAAGAAGGACACAUCAGAGCCCUCUGUACUUUUUUCAUCACGCACAGCUAUGAAGCACAGCACUACCCUAUCUACUCAGCUAACCAGAGACAAAAGUAUACUGGUGAUAUCAUCACCAUGAUAACCAAGGUGGUGAAGAACCAGAUGCUGCAAGAGAGCCUGCUGUGCGCUGUUCAGGUAGUAGAGAAUGGGAAAGGAAAAAAAGGCAAGUAAGGCAGUAUCCUUUGUCCAACAGUAGUGUCACAAACUUGGUAAAAUGUUCCUAACCUGAGUCUCAGACAAUCUUACACAAACAAAUACAGUUACAUAACCCCAGUGCUUAUUUGCCUGUAUAUACUAACAUGCAGACCCACAUGUAAAUUACCUCUUACCAUGACAUGCUAAUACGUAUCAAUAGUCUGAAAAGCUAUGGCACUUCCUAGAAGUACUAAAGGAUUUUUUCCACAACCAUAUGGAGCUACAUAUUAACACACAUGCAUGCAGAACAGGCAAAAAGAAUCCUUGUACCCACCAGCCUUAUAUAAGUUAAAAUGUCAUGGUCACAUAUUUAUCCAGUUAGCCACUAAA